GCCGGCGAGGACGAUCACGCCGUCGCAAGAACGGAAAAUACAGACGCUUCUAACGCGACUCAGGACGGAAAUCAAGUUCAAAAUGGCCAGCCUGCCCAGGGUGAGCAAGCUCAGCAGCAAGGAGGCGGUACAUGGGGAAUGGUCAAGGGGUUCCUGGUGAGGGCAGUGAUUAUCUAUUUCAUAAGCAGUUUGUUCAGAGGAAAGUCAACGCCUCCUGCUGCUACUCCUGGAGACCCGUCAGCUGUGGCGAAAAAUUCAAUUCCUUCAACCAAUAUGUUCCCAAAGGAAAUGCUUAUGGAUUUGCAUGUGUUCCUCUCUGAGCAAGAGGAAUUCACCGACUUCAAUAACCCUGAGGCUAAAUUCUGGUUCAAGCAAGGAUUGGUCUAUGGUGACUGGACUUCAGGCCCUGAUGGUGAUGGAUCUCAUAAGAAAUUUAAGAGUAUGGCAACACCUUUGGCGGUCCAGAACAAUGGCUCCAUCUAUCUCCACUUGUACCUAACAAAGAUGGGGCGCUCCCCUGAUCCGAAGGACAAGACCUACUUGAAAAGAAUGAUGGUCUAUAAAAAGAGACAGCUGAACAAAUACAAAAAGAAGAAGUACCACACGAUGGUGAACCUGUUGACCGGAAAGACUGAAGCCCAUCCUGACAUGAUCAAGAAGGAUAACGACACGAAUGAGAUCAAGGUCUUGUCCCACUGGCAUCCCAACUUGACUGUCUGUCUCCUUGAUGACCAUACUCCGUGGGUCAAAGGAUCGGUCCCUCAGCCACUUGAUGAACACAUUGACUUCGAGCCCGGCACUCAGCAGUACAAACCUGUAAUCUACUUCAAUGACUAUUGGAACAUGAACAGUGAUUACAUGCCCAUCAAUGAGACUGUCCACGAGCUGAACUUCACCCUGACCUUCACACCGAUCUCGCUCUUCAAGUGGCAGAUGUACGCUGCCCAGGGCAUGCGGAGCAAGUGGUACUCGGUCCUAGGAGACGAUUUCAUGCCAGAGGAAUCUGAUGAAGACCAAGACUCACUGAAGAGAACCUUGGUGGAGACGAACCCCUACCUUCUUGGUCUGACCAUCGUCGUGUCCAUAGUUCACAGUGUGUUUGAGUUCCUUGCUUUCAAAAACGAUAUCCAAUUUUGGAAGAGUCGUAAGUCCCUGGAAGGUUUAUCCGUGCGUUCCGUAUUCUUCAACGUGUUCCAAUCGCUGAUUGUCGUCCUUUAUGUCCUGGACAAUGAGACGAAUACCGUGGUCAGGAUUAGCGUGAUCAUUGGACUCGCCAUUGAGUGUUGGAAGAUCAAGAAAGUAGUUGAUGUCAAGCUUGACUUCGAGCAGCGGUGGUUUGGCAUCAUUCCUAGGUUAUACUUUGCUGAUAAAUCUACAUAUUUACAAUCAAAUACUAAAGUAUAUGACCAGAAUGCUUUCAAAUAUCUGUCCUGGCUCCUGUUUCCCCUGCUAGUGUGUUAUUCGAUAUAUUCGUUGUUCUAUGUAGAACACAAGGGCUAUUAUUCCUGGGUGCUUAGUUUACUGUAUGGAUUUCUAUUAACCUUUGGCUUCAUAAUGAUGACUCCCCAGUUAUUCAUCAACUACAAGAUGAAGUCUGUCGCCCAUCUGCCAUGGAGGAUGUUAACCUAUAAAGCCCUCAAUACAUUCAUUGAUGAUAUAUUUGCCUUUGUCAUCAAGAUGCCAACACUAUAUAGGAUUGGGUGUCUACGUGAUGAUGUGAUAUUUUUCAUCUAUCUCUAUCAAAAGUGGAUUUAUCCCAUCGAUCCCAAACGUGUGAAUGAGUACGGCACGUCCCUGGAGAUGAUGGAUGAGAAUGGGAAAAUCAUCACACCGCCCGAGGAGGGGGGCGGGGAUCCUGCCGCCAUAGGAGAGGGUGAGGCCACCGAGGGUGAAGUCACAGAGGCCAAGCCGGCCGGGGAGAAGAAGAAUGAUUAAUGAUAGGUGUCCGGCAGGGAGUUGCUGAUAGGGAACUGUUGCCGACUUGUCUGUUCGGCGAAAGGAUCUCCGAGCAAAAAUCUUAGCUAUAUUUGACCGUAGGCUGCCUUGGCUUGUUCAAGUUCCCGAUUUGUAUAUCCCUGUCUUCAUUGUCAUUGCUUUUAGUCUGAUGUGAGUGAGCUUUCCUGUAGAAUUUGGCUUACUUAAUGUGAAGGUCAACACUGCUCACGUUAAGUCGAAACAAACUUAUAUGUAUUUAAAGUAUUUAUUGAAUGUCGUUUGUUGAAAUGGAAGACUUUACCCUGUUUCCCCCCCAAAAUGGCACUGCAUGCAAAACAAAGUAAACAUUUUCUGUAUUUUGCUACAAAUGGCCCAUUCUUGGUUUGUUUGCCCGAUACUGGCAGAGUUAGUACUUUUUGAUAGUUUCAGAUGUAACUUUAUGUUCAAAUAUUUCAAUUUCUCUACGAAUUCACCAAAAAUGAGAGUGCCAUUUUUACGUGAAAUGGGGUGCAGGAAAUGCAAAUGUCGUUCUCAUUUCUCUUGCCAUAGACUUGUGAGGCAAUUCCGAAUGUUGAUGUUUCUAUGAGAUUGUGCAAAGUCUUUUAGAGCACGUUGUUUUCAUAAGUUUCCUCAACGAAUUUGAAAUUGUGGGGAAAUUGCAUUUGAUUUAAAGCUAAAAAAUGUCAUACUGGAAUUACGACGGAUCAACAAUGUUCUCCACAAGGCCAUUUGUCCAGGUAGCCCACCCUACCUUGGCAGAUUACCGCCCUCUCUUGGAAGAGCCACCCUACCUUGCUCUAGAAUUUUUUAAAGGUUUUCUAUAUGGACACUCUACAUUAAAUACCAGGCCACUGUACCUUGUGUGGCACACUGGCGAAACAUUUUGAAUAUCGAGGGUACCACCCUACCUUGAGAAAGGCCUGUGGAGAACUCUGAAUGACCUAUUUACUCUAUAAUUGCCAUCACUUUUCUGUCCUUCACAUUGGUUUACACCACCAGAUUAUUUGACUUCGUUUGUGAGGACCUAAAAUGUGAUGUACACGUGUUAUUAUUGUACACGUGUGAUCAAGAAUAGAUAACGUCUAUAUUGAUUCUUGGUGUAAUGAACAAAGGUAGAAGUGCUGUUAAUUUUAAAAUUUUCAUUGUGUUUUUAUAUAUCACAUCGUGUCGAGGACUUGCACGUUACUUGUUGUCUACUUGUUGAUUUAUUUCUCCAGAAUCUCGUAAGAAAUGACCAUCAAGGUAAAAAAUCUCCUCGAAUUUUAGGAAUUUCUGCCAAAACUGAGUUGCACUGAUUGAUGAGUUUUUCUGAUGGUGUCAUAUUGUGAACAAACUUUUAAGCACAAGUGCCAUGGUGUGAUUUUUAUUUCGACAUUGUAAUGUUUUAUUUGGAUAUCACCUCACCGAAUUGUUACAUAUUAUUUUCUCUUACUACACAUGUUGUUCUUUCAAACUGUAUCUAAGUUGGGCAUAUUUGGUUGCACUCUUGGUAAAAGGGAGCAUAUUAAUCACCUCACUAUGAAUUUUGAAUUGUCUUUUCAAAUUGUAUCAUGAGUCGUGUUUGGGCUUGCGUUGACAUUCAACAUUUCCACAAGAUUUCAGACAGUGCUCUUUUCUCAGACUCCCCUCCCCCAAAAGAGUACUGCAUAAACUGUUGAUUACUGCAACAAAGGUUUCAGUUAAGUGUAUGUACCAGAGUGGUCUGAGACUGC